CUUUAACAUUAUUCACUGCAGGAUCAGUGGAUCACUUUUGCACCAUAAUCAAUUUAUGUACUGUGCUGUGAGGCGUAAGCUGACCAGGCUCAGGGCUAGCUGUUUUUUAAAUUACUUAUCUUCUUUCUCUGGACCUUUGUACAAGAAAUCCAGCACCAAUUAUCUUCCUACCAUGAGCUCUGGGAGACUGGAUACACCUCAAUUUAAAAGCUUAUUGACUCCUGAUCUUCUAAAAAUAGAGGAGUUGUUCAGGUCGGAAGGUUACUCAUUGCGUUUGGUGGGUGGAGCUGUUCGUGACCUCCUGCUGGGUAGAAAUGCUAAGGAUAUUGACCUAGCAACAGACUGCACUCCUGAUGGAAUGAUAAAACUGUUUGAGAGAGAAGGAAUCAGGUACAUACCAACUGGUCUUAAUCACGGGACUAUAACAGUCCACACUGAUCGAUCCAACGACUAUGAGAUAACGACACUGAGGAUAGACCAUGUGACUGAUGGAAGACACGCUCUUGUUCAGUUCACCUCUGACUGGGUCAAAGAUGCCGAGAGAAGGGACCUCACUAUUAAUUCAAUGAGUCUUGGUUUUGACGGAAAACUCUAUGAUUAUUUUGACGGUCAGAAACACCUUGCAGAGAGAAAGUUAUUAUUUGUGGGAGAUGCUGUAUCAAGGAUACAGGAAGACUAUCUUAGGAUACUGAGAUAUUUCAGGUUUUAUGGUCGUAUAUGUCUUCUACCCAAUGCUCAUGAUCCAGAUACGCUGACUGCCAUUAGGGAUAAUGCUGUGGGUCUCACUAAGAUAUCAGUCGAGAGGAUAUGGAGCGAAAUGAGUCGUAUACUGGUCGGUAACCACUCACCCCAUCUUGUUAGUCUAAUGUAUGAACUGGGCGUGGCAGCUAAUAUAGGUUUGCCUGAUGACGGUAAUUUGAGUGAGUUGACUAAAGUAUGGGAGAGCAUGCACGGACACUAUCAGUUGGAGCCAGUUUGUUUAUUAGUCUCUUUACUCAAAUCAGGAGAGGAGGUCGAGCGGUUUAGUAGACAAUGGAAGCUAUCGAACUUGGAGCGGAAACUAGGAAUGUUUGUGAGCAACGAGAGAGAAGCUUGCUAUCAAGGAGCACCACUGAAGUAUUACAAAGAUCAGCUAGUUGAUGGAGAGUUUAGGAAUCAUGUACUGGAAUUGCUCAAGUAUUGUAGCCGAUUCUCUGAUAGCACUGUGCUAGAGGGAUGGACGGUACCAGUGUGUCCUGUGAAUGGUAAUGACUUGAAGAAGGCUGGUAUAGCUAGUGGACAAAAAUUGGGUGAAACUUUGAAGGACAUUAGAAGAAAGUGGAAGGAGAGUUGCUACGAAUCGUCAAAAGAGGAUCUACUUGCAACUUUAAAAUGAUAUUUAAAAAAUAUAAUUUUUAUCAUUAUUAAAUCUAGAGUUAACAAUGAAUCUCAUUUUAUUUG